AUGAUCCGCCUCCGCAGCUGCAUCCUCACCCAGCUCCUCUGUUCGCCCCCCGCCUCUCCCAUCUCCUCUCUCCGCCGUCUCCUCUCAACCACAGAGCCGGUGCCCCCCGUUCCGGCAAACCCGGGCUUCGCCGUCGAGGACUACCUCGUCGCCAGCUGCGGCCUCACCCGACCCCAGGCCCUCAAGGCUUCCCUUAAAAUCUCCGGCCUCAAGUCACCCUCCAAGCCCGACUCCGUCCUCGCCCUCCUCGCCGGUCUCGGCCUCUCGAGCGCCGACGUCGCCGCCCUCGUCGCUACUGACCCGCGGUUACUCUGCGCCAAAGUGGACACACUAACCUCCAAUGUCGCGGGGCUCGCCGGCAUGGGCAUGUCGCGUUCUCAGAUCGCUCAGCUCGUCAUGCUCGGCUGCAUUAUCUUCCGCUGCAAACCCGUCGUCUCCAGGCUGCACUACUACCUGCCCCUCUUCGGAUCGCCGGAGAACCUCCUUCGCGUUCUCAAGCAGAACUCCUACCUCCUGUCAACCAACAUCGACAAGGUGGUAGAGCCCAACGUCGCGUUCCUGCGGGAGUGCGGGCUAGGUGCUUGUGAUAUUGCCAAGCUGUGCACCUCUCUUCCGAGGCUGCUUAGCACCAAACCAGAGAAGGUCCGGGCGAUGGCGGCAUGUACCGAAAGUCUGGGUGUGUGCCGCGGCUCCGGGAUGUUCAGAAAAGCGAUGCAGGCUGUCGCGUUCCGCAGCAAGGAGAAGAUCGCCGCCGAAGUGGCGUACUUGAAGAACACGUUCAGGUGGUCCGAUGCUGAGGUGGGCAUUGCUGUCUGUAGGUCUCCAAUGGUGCUGUCGAGGUCUGAGGACACGCUCCUGCGUGUGUCCGAGUUCCUUAUCUCUGAGGUGGGGCUGGAACCGGCGUACAUUGCUCCUCGGUCAGUAAUGCUCUGUCUUAGCCUGGAGGGUCGACUGAGGCCCCGGUACUAUGUUAUGAAGUUCCUUAAGGAAAAUGGAUUGCUAAAUCUCGGAUGGAGUUACUUUUCAAUUGUCAAGGCGACCGAGAAGGUGUUCGUGGAGAAGUUCAUAUGCCCUCACAAGGAAGCUGCACCAUACCUCGCUGAAGACUAUGAUGCUGCUUGCAGAGGGGAAGUGCCGACUAAUUUCAGAUUCGCAUGA